AUGAAAAAUAAAUUAAUUAAUCUAUUAUUUUCAUUAAUUUUAAUUUUUUUAUCCAUUAAUGCUUCCCAGAGUUUAGGUGCACAUAAAACCACUGUCACACCGACCCCAACUCCAAAUAUUACAGUGACUCAUACUUUAGCUCCUAAUAUUACAGUUACACCAACCUCAACUCCAAAUAUUACAGUUACUCCUACCUCAACUCCAAAUAUUACAGUCACACCAACAUCAACUCCAAACAUUACAGUUACUCCAACAUCAACCCCUAAUAUUACAGUUACACCAACAUCAACUCCAAAUAUUACAGUUACACCAACCUCAACUCCAAAUAUUACAGUUACACCAACCUCAACUCCUAAUAUUACAGUUACACCAACCUCAACUCCAAAUAUUACAGUUACUCCAACCUCAACUCCAAAUAUUACAGUUACUCCUACCUCAACUCCAAAUAUUACAGUCACACCAACCUCAACCCCUAAUAUUACAGUUACACCAACCUCAACUCCAAAUAUUACAGUUACACCAACUUCAACCCCUAAUAUUACAGUCACACCAACAUCAACUCCAAAUAUUACAGUUACACCAACAUCAACUCCAAAUAUUACAGUUACUCCUACCUCAACUCCAAAUAUUACAGUCACACCAACAUCAACUCCUAAUAUUACAGUCACACCAACCUCAACUCCAAAUAUUACAGAUACUCCAACCUCAACUCCUAAUAUUACAGAUACUCCAACCUCAACUUCAAAUAUCACAAUUUAUUUCUAA